GUUUGGGAUAAGCCACCCUUCCUUGAGGAGGAGGAGUCAUAGUGGAGAGAAUAUUCUUUGUGGAGAUUGGAAUGGAAGUUCUGUCUGCUUAGGGAAAUGCAAAGAAUCAGGUUGUCUCCUCACUAGACUAUGAGCGCCUUGAAAGAAGGAAUCGUGUCUUGCUCAUCUUUAUAUCCCCAGUGUCUAGAACAGUUCCUGGUACAAAGUUCAUCCUUCCUGAGAUGGUUGAGCUGGAGUGACUUCCCCCAUCACUUGUAGAGGAUUGCUGCUCUGUGUUUAAGGUUUAAGCUGAAUUUUGGGACAUGGCCACUGCUUCACCAAGAUCUGAUACUAGUGAUAACCACAGUGGAAGGUUACAGUUACAGGUAACUGUUUCUAGUGCCAAACUAAAAAGAAAAAAGAACUGGUUUGGAACAGCAAUAUAUACAGAAGUAGUUGUAGAUGGAGAAAGUAAGAAAACAGCAAAAUCCAGUAGUUCUUCUAAUCCAAAAUGGGAUGAACAGCUAACUGUAAAUGUGACCCCACAGACUACUUUGGAAUUUCGAGUUUGGAGUCAUCACACUUUAAAAGCAGAUGCAUUAUUAGGAAGAGCAACAAUAGAUUUGAAACAAGCUCUAUUAAUACACAAUAGAAAAUUGGAAAGAGUGAAAGAACAAUUAAAACUUUCCUUGGAAACCAAGAACGGUGUAGUGCAAACUGGUGAAUUAACAGUAGUGCUUGAUGGACUGGUGAUUGACCAAGAAAAUAUAACAAACCGCAACUCAUCUCCAACCAUAGAAAUACAGCAAAAUGGUGAUGCCUUACGUGAAAAUGGAGAGCCUUCAGCAAGGACAACCACCAGAUUGGCUGCUGAAGGUACUAAUGGAAUAGAUGACCAUGUACCUGCAAACACUGUGGUACAAAACUCAUGCUGUUCAUACAUAGUUAAUGGAGACAACACACCUUCAUCCCCGUCUCAGGUUGCUGCCAGACCCAAAAACACACCAGCUCCAAAACCACUCACAUCUGAGCCUGCCAGUGAUACUGAUCAUUUUCCCUUUUCAGUUAAUGGAGAUACUUCCUCAUCUGCACCCACUGAAAAUGCUUCCAUCACCACGGGUACUGCAGUAGGAGCUGAAGAAACCGCCUUGUCUUCAAAUUGCACUAGUACAACUCUUGAAGAUCCUCCAGUUCAGGAAAUACUGACUUCCUCAGAAAACAAUGAAUGUAUUCUUCCUAACAGUGCAGCAUUUGGAUCUGAAGCCAGAAAUACAUUAGACCCUUCUGCCUCCAGCUCCGGAAGUAGCUCUGCUUUUGAAGCAGCCAAAUUAAGACAGCCAGAUGGGUGUGUGGAACCUGUCCGGCAGCAGUCUGGAAGUGCCAACACAGAAACUCUGCCAUCGGGGUGGGAACAAAGGAAAGAUCCUCAUGGUAGAACCUACUAUGUGGAUCAUAACACUCGAACGACCACAUGGGAGAGGCCACAGCCUCUGCCUCCAGGUUGGGAAAGAAGAGUUGAUGAUCGGGGAAGAGUUUAUUAUGUGGAUCAUAACACCAGAACAACAACCUGGCAGCGGCCCACCAUGGAGUCUGUCCGUAAUUUUGAACAGUGGCAGUCUCAGCGGAACCAAUUGCAGGGAGCUAUGCAACAGUUCAACCAGCGUUACCUCUAUUCGGCUUCAAUGUUAGCUGCAGAAAAUGACCCAUAUGGGCCUUUGCCUCCAGGCUGGGAAAAAAGAGUGGAUUCAACAGACAGAGUUUACUUUGUGAAUCAUAACACAAAAACAACCCAGUGGGAGGAUCCCAGAACCCAAGGCUUACAGAAUGAAGAACCCCUGCCAGAAGGCUGGGAAAUUAGGUAUACCCGGGAAGGGGUUAGGUACUUUGUUGACCAUAAUACAAGAACAACAACAUUCAAAGAUCCUCGCAAUGGCAAGUCAUCUGUAACUAAAGGUGGCCCACAGAUUGCUUAUGAACGCAGCUUUAGGUGGAAACUUGCUCACUUCCGUUAUUUGUGCCAGUCUAAUGCACUACCCAGUCAUGUAAAGAUCAAUGUGUCCCGGCAGACAUUGUUCGAAGAUUCCUUCCAACAGAUUAUGGCAUUAAAACCCUAUGACUUGAGGAGGAGAUUGUAUGUAAUAUUUAGAGGAGAAGAAGGACUUGAUUAUGGUGGUCUAGCAAGAGAAUGGUUUUUCUUGCUUUCACACGAAGUUUUAAAUCCCAUGUAUUGCUUAUUUGAGUAUGCUGGAAAGAACAACUACUGUCUACAGAUAAAUCCAGCAUCAACCAUCAACCCAGACCAUCUUUCAUACUUCUGUUUCAUUGGUCGCUUUAUUGCUAUGGCACUUUUUCAUGGAAAGUUUAUUGAUACCGGUUUCUCCUUACCCUUCUACAAGCGUAUGCUAAGUAAAAAACUGACUAUUAAGGAUUUGGAAUCUAUCGAUACUGAAUUUUAUAACUCCCUUAUCUGGAUAAGAGACAACAACAUUGAAGAAUGUGGCCUAGAAAUGUACUUUUCUGUUGACAUGGAGAUUUUGGGGAAAGUUACUUCACAUGACCUGAAGUUGGGAGGUUCUAAUAUCCUGGUGACUGAGGAGAACAAAGAUGAAUAUAUUGGCUUAAUGACAGAGUGGCGUUUUUCUCGAGGAGUACAAGAACAGACCAAAGCUUUCCUUGAUGGUUUCAAUGAAGUUGUUCCCCUUCAGUGGCUGCAGUACUUUGAUGAAAAAGAAUUAGAGGUUAUGUUGUGUGGCAUGCAGGAGGUUGACUUGGCAGAUUGGCAAAGAAACACCGUGUACCGCCAUUACACAAGAAAUAGCAAGCAGAUCAUUUGGUUUUGGCAGUUUGUGAAAGAGACAGACAAUGAAGUAAGAAUGCGACUGUUGCAGUUUGUCACUGGAACCUGCCGUUUACCUCUAGGAGGAUUUGCUGAGCUCAUGGGAAGUAAUGGGCCUCAAAAAUUUUGCAUUGAAAAAGUUGGCAAAGACACCUGGUUACCAAGAAGCCACACAUGUUUUAAUCGCUUGGAUCUACCACCAUAUAAGAGUUAUGAACAACUAAAGGAAAAACUUCUUUUUGCAAUAGAAGAGACAGAGGGAUUUGGACAAGAAUGAAUAUGGCUUCUUGUCUUGGAGGAGCUCUUGCAUUUAAAUACCCCAGCCAAGAAAAAUUGCACAGAUAGUGUAUAUAAGCUGUUCAUUAUGUACAGUGAAUUUUCUGAACCUCUCAAAGUAUAAAUGUUUUCCGUUCUUCCACAGAAAUAUGCAAAACAGCUCAUCCUUUUCUACUUUAUUUAUUGUUCCCUUGAAGUGACUGACCAGGAAAAAGAUCAUCCUUAAAUUUUCAAGCAAACAAGAGACUUUAUUAAAAAUAAUAAGUAUAUAUCUAUAUAAGCAUUUAUGAUAGUGGCUCUAGUUUUAUAGAGCUCUGAGUGUAUUAACAUGACAGCCAUUCAUUCAAAAAUAAUCUGGAUUUGUUUUACCUUGUUUCUGUUAUCCAGGGAAAGAAGUACAAAUUGCUCCAUGUUUUUUCUCCCUUUUGUAACAUCUCCUGAAGGUGUUUAGUUGCAUGGCUGUUCAGGAAGGUAUUAAGGGCUUAGGCCAAAUCUUACUUUGAAUAUGUUAAAAAUGCUGCUGGCUUUUUGAAAGACAGGUGCUUGAACCUGUCAAUUUGUUUUAAAUAAAUAUAAUAGUUGAAAAAUU